AUGGGUUUUGCUGCGAAGAUAAUCGCAGUUGCCGCGCUGGCCGUCUCCAGGGCCACGGAGGUGUGGUACCUUGCCGAGAAAGGCGCUACGUGCACAGAAACUUGUAACGCCGUGUCGUUGACUUGUGUCGACCUUGACUGGACUACGGAGACGAUAUCGCAGAAAGAUGUGGCCAGCGUGAUUUGCCUCGAGUGUGCCACAUGGAAAACAACCAACUCAAUUGCUCCAAACUACAUGCCAGAGCCCGAUGGUUCUACAGGCGACUGCUUUGAGCUGGUCGAGUACACGACGGCGGAAUGUCAUAGGACUGCUGGGGGAUCUGUUCAACGUUUCUGCAAGUGCGAGGGCGACGACGCCGUCCAACCUCCGUGCCCCGGCAGUGACGGUGCGGGUCCCGUCACGGAUCCCGUUGCGGAGCCGGCGUGCGAGCGCCGGGGCAGUGGCUGCGAGAUCGAGUGCACGGAGAGCGAUUUCUUGGCAGAGUGCGACGGCACAUCGUGCUGCGAGCUCUUCCAGCAGGCCCUCGUGGAGCUCGGCGCUGGCGGCGACAGCUCGGACCCCAGCGCGGAGGUCAGCUGCAGCAAGGUCCAGGAGAUCGUGGCGAACGAGUGCAGCUCGUGCGCGGCGUGCGAGGCCCGGGAGGAGGCGGGCGGUGCGAGGCUCCUGACGGACGGCCCGGGGUCGGCCGGGCGGGGGUCUUCAGGGGCCGCGGUGGCGGCCGCUCUCGCGGCCCUCGGAGCAGCUGCUGUCGCCGUGUUCGGAGGGGCCGCGGUGGCGCUCGGGCGCUGGGGCGCGGCCCAGACGCCGGCCGACGCGGGCGAGGGUCAGGAGGAAGAGCUCCUGCCGGAGAAAGCCUCGGGGCAGUCAGCGAGCAACGGCGGCGGGCUCGCACAGGAGGAGCCGCGCGUCUGCGCGAAGGGCGAGCGCUACCAGGCGGGGCGCCUACGUGCUAGCGCGGCCGGGUUACCGCAAGUGAAGUGGCAUAUUUUUGCGUUCGAGUGCCACCCGUUGCAAGAGGUGGCCAGUGCCAGCGGGACCCUCAAGGGCGCGUGGACUUUCAACCUCCGCUUCGAUGCCGACAAGGACCCGAGCAGUGCUUCAGGGAUGGCCUUCCUUAGGAGGGUUGGCGUGGACUUCGCUCGUCACAGAACUGAGGGCAUCCCACCGGCGAUGAUCGGCCGCCGCCUGGCGUCCUCGAGCCUCGUCGGCUGGCACCGCCAGGCCGACCUCGAGGGGGCGCCCGUGGAGGCGCUCGUGCUGGGGCCCGCGGCAACCACGGCCGACGCCAACGACGCCCCCGCGCACGCCGCUACGGAGUGCGGCGAUGGCCUUCUGGCCGCGGCGGUGCGGCUUCAGCGGUCGGUGAGCAUGACCGUCAGAUGCGAUGGCGAGGUGGUUGGUCCGGACGGUGCCAAGAGGUGGCCGAUCUCGGGUGGGCUGCACUGCGCGCCAGCGUGCACGGGUGACAUCCUGGAGGUCGACGAGUCGACGAGGCAGGAGCUGCGGCUUGGCUUCGACUCGGACUCGGACAGUUCACGGGGCAAGGACCUGAAAGAGCAGGAUUUGUAUGGUACCGUACCUUCAGUGACACUGCAAGAGCUCACAGCGGGCCUACGCAAGAUGAAGGAUGGGCACAGUUGCGCAGACGAUGGCUUGGAGUCGGAGCUGUUCCAGAUAGGGCACGACCACUCGGAGCUCGAGGCCCGCAUCGGCGAGGUGGAAGGACGGUUGCAGGCACAGAGGGUCAUGAACUCGCAGCUGCUGCGCAGGGUGCAGAUGCUGGAGCAGGUGCUCCGGGAGGAGUGCCUCUGGGGCCCUCGCCGCGGAGCUGCUGGGCACUCGGGCGUGGAGCUGCGGCCGGCGCCGGAGGACGUCACUGCUGCUGCAGCGCUCGAGGUCCGCAUGCGAAGGAGGAAAGCGUCUGUGUCAGCACGAGAGAUAUUGCAGGCUUUUCUUCAAGCUGACAGCGAUCGCUGA